UUGCUCAUCGAUCUCUGAAGAAUCAACAGACAACAAUGGCGAAAGCUAACCUUUCUUCUAUCACGAGCUCAGUACUCGUUCUUCUUUUUCUUCUUCUUUCUCACAUUUGCUUAGCUCAGAUUGAAGGGCAAAGCAGCCUGUGCCAGUUCGAUAAGCUCAAGGCCCUUCAGUCCAAUCGGCAGGUGAAGUCCGAUGCCGGAAUCAGCGAUUACUGGGAUUUCGAUGGAGAAGACCUUGAGGAGCUCAACUGUGCUGGAAUGUCCGUCGUUCGUCAUACUAUUUACCAAAAAGCCCUCUUAUUCCCCUCCAUCUUCAGUUCUCCUCUCAUCUACUACGUUCUUGAAGGUGUUGGACUCCAUGGAUCAGUGAUCCCAGGUUGUACAGAAAUGUAUGAAUCAGGAACAUCAAAACCAUCCCAAUAUGAAGAAGAGCAGCACCAGACGGUUAGAGAGAUCAAACAUGGCGACAUCCUUGCGCUGCCUACCGGAUCCGCCAACUGGAUCUACAACUACGGCAACGUUACUCUUAUUAUGGUCGCCUUCCUCCGUGUCUCCACCACCCCACCCCACCACCACCACCACCACAACCACCAUCACACUCAAACAUCAUUGAAUGGCAACAUUUUCGGUGGUUUGGACGAGGCAACAGUGGCCAAGGCUUUCAAUGUCGAUGCAGAGUUGGCGAGUAAGGUCCAGAAGAGUAGUAAUGGUAUAAUGGGAGACAGAAUAGCGUAUGUUGGAGAAGACUUUCAUGUGUUGACUCAUGCUCUGAUGAUCAAACAUGAACAGCAUCGUCGUUUGAAUAGCUUGGAGAAAACUUCAUGUAAUUUUCAGCUGAGACAUAACAUUGAUGAUCCUGAUCAAGCUGAUAUCUUCAACCUCGAAGGUGGCCGCAUCUCCAUCAUCACCAGCUCUCGCCUCCCCAUUCUUCGCACCCUCCAGCUCACUGCCGAGCGAGGUGUUGUCUAUGAUAACAGUAUGAUGGUGCCUCAUUUCACCUUGAACAGCUACACCUUGUUGUACGUGACAUGGGGAAGUGGCCGAGUCCAGGUGACUGACAACCACGGCCAUAAAGUGUUCGACGGCGAGCUCAAGAUAGACGACCUAUUCGUGGUGCCAGAGAACUACGUGGUGAUGAAGGAAGCCACCGGCCGAAGUUUCGAGUACAUUUCCAUCAAGACCAGCGACAAAGCCAUCCGAACCACCCUGGCCGGAAGGGUGUCCGUGAUUCGGGGUCUGCCAGAUGAUGUUGUAGCCAUUGCCUUCGGCAUUUCAAGAGAGGAAGCCAAGAGGUUGAAGACUAGCAGGGUGGAGGCUAUGCUUUUUCGUCCUUCUACCACAAAAACCAUUGCUUCAACACUUCAUUAGAGAUUAUUAUAGCCAAAUGAAAAAGCCUUCCUUUAUGAAAAUUAUCUUCUGGGGAUCGAUAGUGUAUGGCAUAGUGGUGUUCUUUAUGAAUUUUAUUGCUAAUGUACGUAGAACUACUGCUCCCUAGCAUUGCUUUUUUUUAGAGGUUCUUAAUAAGUGGAAUUUGAUUUUUUAUUCCCAAUACGAAUGAAUUGAGAGUAUUCCAUUAGGAGACAGAGAGUGAAAUAAAGUCCUGUUCUUUUAUCA